GUGUGUUAGCAUUUCCACUGAAUUUAUUUAUGAAAUAAUUUAUUCAGCGUUUAUUUAAUUUAAAUAAAAAAACUACAAGGACUGAAUUUUGUUAUUUGACACGAUAAGCAAUGAAAUUGUCAGUGUUAUGUCAUAAAACGAUAAAUAAAUUUAUUUGAUCUAAGAUUCAAUACAUAUUUGCAGUUAUACAUGAUUUAUCAAUAAAAUAGCUAAGAUUUCAAAACUCUUGUUCUAAUUAAAAAAGCAAAAAUGUUAUCCGAUGUUGACGUGUUUAUUAGCAACUACACACUAGUAGAUCCCGAAGUGUAUCAACUUUGGGUUGAUGGGUAUUCAUCUAGUGAUGCAGUUUCUCUUCUAAAUCAACGGGGAAUAUGCCAACAAACAAAUGCUCCAAUUGAGCUUGUAGCAUCUGACAUAUUAGAUCAUUACCGUACUUAUUCUCUUCUUGAAAGAUUAAUUCACACACCAAUGAAAUUAGCUAGUGAACAAUUAGCGUUUCAAAUUGAACCACAAACUAGUCAAAUGUUGAUAGAAAUGUACUAUGAAUUCGAUGACUGUGUAAUCCGUGAAAUAUUAGGUAAAAAAUUAACUUCCAAAAGUAGAAAAGACUUGGAUGAAGUGGCUGAGAAAACAGGAAUUACAUUAAAAAGUUGUCGAAGACAAUAUGACAAUGUUAAAAGAGUUUUCAAAUCUGUAGAAGACUUAUCUGGUUCUCUAGUCACUAACAUAAAACAACAUUUCUUGCUUCCGGAUGAUUUAGCUAAACGGUAUGCAGCAGUAGUAUUUAUAGCUUGUUUAAGAUUUGAAAUGAGCAAACGAAAAUUACAAUUUUUAACAUUUCCGGACCUUUAUCAUUGUGCAAAUAUUAUGAUGUCGUCAUGGACCUACCGCUAUACAGGCUCAGAAUAUUUCGAUACAGAUUUAGAUAGAGAAUUUCUCGUGGAGCUGUCAGAGUGUAGAGUACUGUUAGAAAAUGACAAACAUCAUAAGUAUUUGGUAUGUAUAAAGUUGAAGCCAACUCUUUUAGAAAAGAUGUUUCAAGAGUUAGAUUCAAACUUUCGUAAUUACUCUCGAGCUUUGUUGGGAAUUGGUUGUAAUCUACAUCGUUCAAGAGAAUUAAGAUUUUUCUUCCUGGAACUAGUAGAACGAUGUAUAGAACCAUGGCGCCAAGUAAAUUGGUCGCAUACAGACUUAAAAAAUUUUUUAAAUGCUUAUACACAAUGUGCGCUCGAUAUGGAUGUUUUGAGAGAAGGUACACUGCGAGACGCAUUUGAACGAUAUAUGAAAGUUGUUACGAGCUGUUUAUUGCGAAUGUACCAUCCAUGACAACUAAUUUACGUCUGCAAUGAAGACGUCAUUACUGUACAAGAGGAUGAAGAAAAAGAAGAAAGUCGAUAAAUGAUGUAUAUUACAAUUUAUUUCUUAAUUACUUUUUUGUUUUUUUUUUUUUUUUUUUUUCUGUAAUAAAUAUUCGGUAACGUGUGGCACAUCUCCGUAUGUUUCUUUUAUGCCAUAAUCAGUAUUCACAAAACUACAUUGUUAUAUCAUUGAAAUGUAUUUUUAUAAUUUCCUAUUCAAGAUUGCGAGCUAGACACGUUUUUCUGUUAGCUUGACACAAUCAAUUGAUAACAAAAAGAACUGUAAAUGACGUCCUUCACUAAAUGAAAAUUAUUACGAAUAAAUUAAAUUAAAAUGUUAA